AUGGAGAACGACACGGCGACACGGGCUAAGGACACACUCCAAUCACUCUGGAGGGAUGUAUUCUGCACCGGAUUCUCUUCCAAGGCACCGUAUCAGUCAUUUGUCGAGAGGUUCGGUCGUCAUCUACCCAGCCAAGACCAAAUUUCGGCAUUCUUGACCGAAGGAGAGUUAUAUGCCGAGGACGAGGAGCAGUGGUCCACGAUCCCCAAGGACAUGAGCCACAGCGACCUCGUUCUCGAGCUGCAGCAAAUUCUGCAAGGGGUCAUGGACGACUUCGAGUAUGGCAGCCGAGCAAUUCAUGCCCUCAUUCGGGACGAGCUUCUCGUGCCGAUUCAUCGACCAGACAAGGAGAGCGAUAAUAUCUGGGAGAUAGAGGUGGUUCCCGACCUUAUCAUCACGGGCGAAGGAAGCGCCUAUCGAUCUACCCUCAGAGACGAAGGGAAUGACCCAAAUUCAUGGGACAAGUACAUGCCGCAGACCUCGAGCGUGAUAAUGGUUCGCACGUGCGACGAGGUAGAAGAUCCCGAAGGCAGCCUCAAGAUCGAACUGGAAGCAGCGUUUUAUGCCCAACAAUGCUUUAAAAAUCAGGGAAAUCGCCUCUUUUGUCUCGUCCUCCUUGUCACCGAGGAAUGGGCGAAGCUCUUUUAUUAUGACCGUGGAGGGUGCCUUCAGACGCGGUCUAUUUCCAUUCAUGACUCUCCGGAAGAGUUCGUCUGGUACCUCCUUCUGAUCUCUUGCCCCAACGACGAGGUUCUGGGUUUCGACAAGAGAAUUCGCUGGAACGCCGAAACACAAGUCCAUACCAUAACCACAGUCGACGAGGACGACAACGAGAUCGAAUAUCGCCUCGCAAAUCCCGAGCCGCUCUUCAGUCCCCCCGAGUGGGAAAUGCUGAAGCGUACGAAGGGAGCGCCAGGCGUCGUACAGAUGGUCUCGUACGAAUCCGGCUGCAGUUUAAAAUGCCUCAGGCAUCCCUUCCGUCAGCCCGUAUUCGUGAAUCGCGUUCGCGUUCGCAUUACAUUGAAAGCGUAUGGGGGUGCAAUUGAUUAUUGCGAGAAUGGCGCGCAGCUGUUGUACGCGUUUCAUGACGCAGUCGCAGGUCACCAGAAGCUGUGGGAUCGAGGAAUCCUCCAUCGCGAUAUAUCACUAAAUAACAUCCUCCUCGGAAACACCGGCGCGCCGGUGGGUGAACGCGGCAUUGCCAUCGAUCUGGACAUAGCUGUUCUGUUGGAACCGGACCAGCCUCUUCCGAAGGCUUCUGCUGAUGUGGGAACGCUAGGAUUCAUGUCAGCGCACCUAUUAUCGUUUUCACGCAUGACGUUGCGCCUCGUGGGUCCACCGAAGGAACCUCGGUGCGAUUUCCAGACUCAUUUGGAUGAUCUCUGGUCGUUCUUUUACUGCCUCUGCUGGACGUGCUUCGGGGCCGAGGGCACGAGAAAAGAAUACUACGAAAUGCUGGACGCGUGGGAAGACACUGAACUCACCUCCUUUCGCUCAAAGUGUAAGUUCCUUUCUGGCUUGCAACGCGGCGACCACAAGGUUCCAUUCUUCUUUGGUCCUGUAUUUGAUCGCCUCAUUCUCGAUCUGUACAACUACCUGGACGACAUUGAGGAUAAAUUCCAUGAAACUCUUCUCGCUCUCGCAGAUGACAGUGGCGACGUCUGUUGGCGGCAAAUUGAUAAAGACGCGAAGAAGCAUUACGAGGGAUACCUCAAGGUCAUCGACACAGCGAUCGGUGCCCUGGAGAAUGAGUUACGAGGCGAGGCAGCUCAAACCGGAGAAAUUAUCGAAGUGAACGCUGAAGAAGCCAUUUUGCUCGCCGAAGAACCAGAGUUGGCUCCGCUGCGAGAUGUUACCUUGAACACUCCCCACGGAAAGAGAAAACGAGAGUUGAAAGUCAGUCGUAAAGAAGGGCAGGAAGAGGAGAAUAAUCAGGAGAAAGUCAGGAGAAAGGUGAAGGAGGUGAAGGAGGUAGAGAAUUUUGCACACGAAGACCGUGUAAUUUAG